GUGAGCCCUGCUACUGUAGACUUGCGAACAGUUCUGACUGAGCGAUAGCGCGACAGAGAGAGAACGAGAGUGAGGGAGCGAGUGCGAGGGGACCUAGAGGAGACAGGGCCAGAAAGCGAGUGCCCGAGGACCUACGAUUUGAGACUGAAUGACCAUGGCUGUCUCCGCACCUCCCGUGAUCAUCGCAACUUCCAGUGGCGCCGGCGUCCCCGGGGGCUUAUUUCGGGCCGAACCCCUGUACUCGACUCCUGGAGAGCCUCCUCGUCUCACCCCGAAUAUGAUCAACAGUUUCAUGGCCAAUAACCACAGCGGCAGCACCGGGGUCGGCGGGGUCGGUAGUGGCAGCGGAGGCAGUGGCAACACCAACACCAACGAGUGCAGGAUGGUCGACAUGCAUGGGGUGAAGGUGGCUUCGUUCCUGAUGGACGGCCAGGAACUCAUCUGCCUGCCGCAAGUCUUUGAUCUCUUUCUCAAGCACCUGGUGGGAGGGUUGCACACUGUGUACACCAAGCUGAAGAGACUGGACAUAUCCCCCGUGGUGUGUACUGUCGAGCAGGUCCGGAUCCUCCGCGGGCUGGGGGCCAUCCAGCCCGGAGUGAACCGCUGCAAACUCAUCACCAGGAAAGACUUUGAAACUUUGUUCACCGAUUGCACCAAUGCCAGAAGGAAGAGGCAAAUGACAAGAAAACAAGCUGUUAACAGUUCAAGACCUGGCAGGCCUCCUAAACGUUCUUUGGGAGUGUUGCAGGACAAUGCUCGCCUUCUGCCCCACUCAGUCCCAGGCCUCUUAUCACCAGGACUUAUCGCUCCAACAGGUAUAACAGCAGCAGCAAUGGCUGAGGCGAUGAAGCUGCAGAAGAUGAAGCUUAUGGCUAUGAACACUCUUCAGGGAAAUGGAAGCCAAAAUGGGACUGAAUCAGAGCCUGAUGAUCUUAAUUCUAAUACAGGUGGAAGUGAACCCUCCUGGGAUAAGGAUAAGUUGCAGUCUCCUCAUGCUGCUCCUGGAACCCAACAUGGAAUUACUCAUGCAGCCCUGGCUGGCCAGCCAGGCCUUGGGGGUGCUCCUACCCUCAAUCCACUGCAGCAGAAUCACCUGCUGACCAAUAGACUUGAUCUGCCAUUUAUGAUGAUGCCUCAUCCCCUACUUCCAGUCAGCUUACCUCCUGCAUCAGUUGCCAUGGCAAUGAAUCAGAUGAACCAUCUAAAUACUAUUGCCAACAUGGCUGCUGCAGCCCAGAUUCACAGUCCACUCUCCAGAGCUGGGGCCUCUGUUAUAAAGGAACGGAUCCCAGAGAGUCCUUCUCCUGCUCCCUCUCUGGAAGAGACUCGUCGCCCUGGGAGCCAGACCUCCUCCCACCCCAGCAGCAGUGUGUCCAGCUCUCCCUCUCAGAUGGAUCACCAUUCAGACAGAAUGGUUAUGAUGCCCAACAGUAGAGAGGAACUUAUUGUUGAUCAGGAUAAUGGACCAACCAUCAAAAAAUUCCAAAGGGAUAAUAAAGAAGAGGUACCAGUUCAAAUCCCAAUGAUGAAGUCACCAUUGGACAAGAUCCAACUGACUCCUGCGCAGGCAUUGCCUCCUGGAUUCCCUGGACCAUUCAUUUUUGCUGAUAGUCUGUCCUCCGUGGAAACUCUGUUGACCAACAUUCAGGGUUUACUGAAAGUGGCUUUGGAUAAUGCUCGCAUCCAGGAGAAGCAGAUUCAACAAGAAAAAAAGGAACUGCGAAUGGAACUCUAUAGAGAGAGAGAAAUUAGAGAAAACCUUGAAAGACAACUUGCAAUUGAGCUUCAAAGCAGAACUACCAUGCAAAAGCGCCUGAAGAAAGAGAAAAAAGCCAAGAGAAAACUGCAAGAAGCAUUUGAAUUUGAAUCAAAGCGCAGGGAGCAAGUAGAGCAAGCACUUAAGCAAACCACUACUAAUGACAGUGGCCUGAGGAUGUUGAAAGAUACUGGGAUUCCAGAUAUUGAAAUAGAAAACAGUGGGAUUCCUCAUGAUAAUACUGCUAUGCAAGCCUGAACACUGAUGGCGGAAUACGACCUGAUCAUAGGCACGGAUAGUGUCUGUAGCAGUUACCUGCUUAUCUAGUGCUGUAAUUCUUUAGAAUCCAUACUCAAAUUCUUAAAAUAUGGAACCUUCAAUUACUAUUUGUUCAUUACCAAUAAAUAGAACCUUGCACGUACAGGAAAAAUGUGCUAGAGGAUGGGUUUCACACGUUUUUAGGGGAUAAUCAUAAUGAUGAUUGAAUAUAACUUUACACUUCUAUAAUCCCUCUCUUCCAUGGAGUUCAUAGUGCUUCAUAAAUGUUACCAUAUUAAUCCACACAGCAUCCUAGAGGGGUAAGUAGGUGGAAGAACUUUUAAGACAGAGAAAAUGCUAUUUCUAAUUGCUGUAACAGAAAUUAAAAUGCAGAUAUGCCCAUUUUAAGCUGUGAUUACUAUGAAAUAGCUUUACAUUUGGCUGACCUGGGAUUUAACAGGAAUUAUGUGUGAACAUAAUUUGUGCAAAUGAUCACUAUUUGUUAUGACUGUUUUAGAGCUCACCUUUCUAAAAGAUACAUGUUGCUUGUAGCACACUCUGAGGGAACAUAGAGAGCUUUAGUUUGUAGAUUUUACCACACCUAGUUCUCCCUUUGAUCUGUUGAUGGUGGAGCAACUCAUUUAAUUCCUUUCUACUAGCAUAUUCCUUAUCUGUAAAGAACGUAAUGACAAAAACACAUAUCCAAGGUACUAAAACUACCCCAUUUUUUUUCUGCUCUCUUCCCAUCUCCAAUUCUGCUUCCUCUCUAUUAAGCUAUCAUCAAGCAAACUAAAAAAUCUAUAGACAUAUGAAAGGAGAAAGGCAGAUAUGAUGGGUCGGUCACACCACAGAUAUUUUCCAUUGCCCACCCUCUGGUCUACACAUGGCCUGAUGCCUAAGAUGGUCCAGUGAUUAGAACCAAAUGGGUCAUUUGGCUUGAAUUGCCCAGGAAAUGGCCUCAAAUAUUUUUAACUGUUUACUUAAUGGAGACCUGGCCAAAGGCUGGUGGCAAAUACCUGUCAUCAUUAUUUUCAUGCCUCCUAAGAAUCUAAUAGAGCAGAAUUCCAGGGUGUUAAAUUGUACUCUGGUGAUUAAAAAGAUUUAAUGCCCCUCCUACAGUGCCCUCCUUAACACAAGCAAAAUCAAAUCCAUUACGUUAUUUUUACAUCUGCCUGAGAAUUAAGUUCUGUUGUGACAGAAGCACCAUUUAUCGUAUGUAAGAGGCCAACUGAGUUUUUAUCCAUUUUCCAAUAAUCAGUUCCCUGUGGCAGUACAUGCAGUUUCUGCUGGAAGGGCCACCUACCUUACACACUUUUAAAUAUUACACUAAUUCAUAUUUAUGUGACAAUCCAGUCAUUCCAUUCUCUGAAAGAAUUCCUUCUAAGGUGCAGGCAUUUGGCUUCUGGUGCUCUCUACAAACUGUAGAAGGUCUACUUGUGUAGAUUAGGUGUGCUGCUUUAACCUAAUUCACUGAGCUAAUGCAAAUUAGAAAUAAGUCAUGGAGAAGGACUGAAGCAAAUGAAAUUGUUUUAAAUUACAUUAAUACCAAACAUGUGAAUUGAAAAACCAAGUGGUAUGACUAAAAUAUAACAUCCAGAAAUGUCUCAUUAUUUGAUAGGCAAAUAGCAUAUAUUGAACUAUAGGGGAAACUGAAUGGCAUUUUCAAAUUAACUAAGACACUUCAAAACAAACUAGUGUCUUUUUUACAAAUAAAUAUGUUUAAUUGACUGCUUGACUAUGAGGAAUCCUUAUUUGUUUUCUUCUGGCCCUUUCCCACAUGUCUGCCUUUUUAAUGACAUCUAAUUUUAGCUUUUCGCUUUCCUUAAGCUUCAGAUAUAUACCACAGAAGGCCAGGCUCACACUAACCUGAAUUUGGAACAGUCAGUUGUGGCCCUUUAGGACAUGACUGAUGGGCAGAGGCUCAUCAUCUGUAUGGAGGUGGCCAUACCAGACACCUGGGUCAUGGUGUAUCCUCACGUGAGGCCGUGAUGUGCUAAGGGAAGGACUCCAUGGGCCUUCAUUUUAUUUUUAAAAUGAUCACUUUGUGUGUGUCAAAUUCCCCCUUUUACUUAUCUGAUAAAUCUUAAAGCAAUAAACUCUGUCCGCUCCCCACUGAUGUCACUCCAUGUAAGUCCCUGGGCUCCCUAACAUCACUCUGGAGAGGCUUUGUUCCUUGCUCUUCCUGAUCUUUAAUCUUGUUUGUGCCCAGAAUGCAUAUUAGAUCAUCUCUGUUUGGAACUCAAGUACAAACCCUCUUAAAAACAUGAAACAUUCAAUUACUAAUUAGCUGUUUCCUGUUCCUAAUGAAGUGAGCAUGCAGGGUUUGGAUUAAAAUUCAGCUACUGCUCUCCUCUGUUUAUGGUUCCAGAUGUUUUUGUUUUAUCUAGGAGUUUACUUUGACAGCUACUACUAAAUGAUAAAUCACUCAUAUUAUAGGCGAAAUGCAUUCUGAAAUUGAAAUGUGGCAAACUUUGAGAUUGCUCCAAGGAUCAGUGUCAGUUAGCAGGUCAAUAUCAGCUCCUUCCUUCUGAUCACUCAAUAUCGGCAUAUGUAAAACAGUAACAGAAUCUGUGUCGACACCAUACAGCCUGCUAUGCAAGAUUCCAUGUUCCUAUUAUCUUCUAAAUUAGGAGAAAAAAUUUUACUACUAUGAAAUCUCAACUUAAUUGUAUUCUGGGUAGAAAAAUUGAUUUAUAUUAAUGCUGUCUUGUUUUUGCUGGCCUAGUGUUUCUGUGGAUUUUUGAUCUGCUGUGGAAAUGGUUUCAGAUAGGCCUUAUAAAACAGCACAUUUAAUGAAGGAUGUGGGUAGAUAUGUUUGUGUUUUUUUAUAAGGAUAAUAAUUAUACAUAAUAAAGGAGGGAGACUCAGAAAUUUCAUUUUUCUAAAGGACAAAUGAUGAUUGCUUCUUGGCAUUUGUUACUAUGCUUAUGUACCUUUUUUACAGGAUGUUAUUUUGUUUUGUCAUUACUUUCAAGUUUGUAAUGUUCACAAUUUGUAUUGCAUGAUUUAAGCUUUAGCUAUAUUGUAUAAAUUUCAAUCCUGGUAAAAUGACUGUCUGCCAUUUGAUGUUGAAGAACUUUAUUUUGACAUUUAGGCUAUGUAUGCAGAGGAUGAGGUAGACUGAAAAACUGAGCAACUAUCUGGUACAUUUUAUCAGAAUAAAUAUUCUCAGACCCCACAGGGUGUCUGAACAAUUCUCUGGGGUGACCGAUGACUACAGUUUCCAAAAAUUCAUACUUUGUUUUCUUCUGGUUGUUGGAAAGGUUCAGGUAAAUUCCAUGGGCUCAUAGUCUAGUUGCCCUCUAAUGAAGUCUGACCCUCCAGUUCACCUGACUAACAUAGACACAGAUUAUUUUGUUAUCCUAUUACCUCACCACAUCUUUAUUUUUGGUUCUGAGGUACUAUCCAGAAAAUCCCUGAUACCACACUUUACCUUCUACACAAAAAUAAUAAAUAUUUUAAAGAUAUUAUAUACAAGUCUAAAAAAGGGUAUUUUCUUCCUGACAGUGCUAAGCUUGGACUAGACCAAAUUAAUGUUUUAGGCUAGGCAUAUCAGUCCAACUACAAUAAUGUACUCACCUUUAUGUGUGAAGAUGAUACAUUUCACUUACAAACAUAGACUUUGUGUUUCUUAAGCAUGGGUGAUAGAUUUGAACUGAUCAUCCAUACUUUCUUUUCUGGUUCUUCUUUUGUGACCAUAGGCCAAUUUUUAUGAGGUAGCUGGAUAGAGACUCAGGCCACAAGCCAUGGCUAUGGAAAAGAACAAGGUUAGCUAAAAAGAGGUAGAAUCAUUUUUUGAAAAUUGUUUCCAAUUAUAAUUUUUACCCACACCAUUAAAUAUUUUCUGGCUUUAGCAUGGUAUGGAUUAUUUUGAUUACCAAUAUUUAAAUAGAAACUGGUUUAACCAAACACUGUGGAUAAAAUCAUAUUCAUAACUAGUUUCCCUUCAUGCAGUAUACACAGUCUCAGGGUUAACCUGGGGAAAGGAAAUUCUAAAUGUACAAAACUGUCAUUACCUGAGACCAUAACCAGAUACUCCUUUUCCCCUGUUUUGGUAAAACAUAGGGAUCUCAAAUAUACCAUUAUGUACAAAACAGAAAGUAAUGUAGAUUACUAUACACAUCACAGUUUAUGAAAAGAAUCUUCAGUCUUCAAUGUCUUCAGUGCCGUGGAAAGAACAGAAAAAACUACUGCAUGAAAUUUGAAGGAUCUUUGAAAACUGAGACAUUAACAUAUAGAAAUGUUAAGAAAUUAAAAAUUUUACCAAUACUAAAGCAAGCCUGUUACAUCAGAUCCUUUAGUUUCUUGGAGACAGAAUUUUGGUAUUUUGAUGCACAUAUCAGAAGUACUCCUCAGAAGAACUAACUUGUUUUCUUUUUUUUUUAAGGGGAUAACUAUUACUGUUUAACAAUGGUACAUCAGUUUUAUUGGGCCUGAAAAGUCCUUGCUGACUUUACAUAAAUGAAGAAGCUUGUGAUUCCAGUUUAUCUCUGAAACUGUGCAACAUGGCAUUAUUUCAAUUGUGUUUAUCAUCAAAGCUUUGUUUACUGAAGCAGCUACUCAAUCUAUAUUGCAUUAUAAAAAAAGGAACGUGUGUACAUUUUAAAAGCAAUGAUGUAAACUUUGUUCUCACAUUAGAUUGACCAGAUUAAGAAUAUGAGCUAAAUUCUCAUGGCUAAAGUAACUUGACCAUAGUUGAUGCUUUUCUAUGCUCACUUCAGUUCGCUUUUUGUCUUUUAAGGGAAAAAAUGCGGUAGUGUGUUAGAGACUAGAAACUUAUAUGUAUGGUUUCUCUGUUCUACCAUAUAUUAAGUUAAAGUAUACCUUCUUUGUUAAAAAUGUA